AUGGCUGCUCGUCCGACUGUGAACGUGCGAGGAAUUGACGGUGCGGCUUCAGGAUCGCUGCCACUUCCGGCUGUGUUCAACGCGCCGAUCCGUCCGGAUGUCGUCCAGGCUAUUCACUCGAACCUGGCUAAGAACAAGCGUCAGCCUUACGCUGUCGCCUCCAAUGCCGGUCACCAGACCUCUGCUGAAUCAUGGGGUACUGGUCGUGCCGUGGCUCGUAUCCCCCGUGUUGGCGGUGGCGGUACGCAUCGCUCCGGUCAGGCUGCUUUCGGUAACAUGGCCCGUGGUGGUCACAUGUUCGCCCCAACGAGGGUCUGGCGCCGCUGGUUCAUCAAGACUAAUCAGACUCAGCGCCGCUAUGCGACGGCCUCAGCUCUCGCCGCGACCGCCCUUCCUGCGCUCGUCCUUGCUCGUGGUCACCGCGUUGAGGAAAUUGAGGAGGUCCCGCUGAUUGUCUCGAACGAGAUUGAGUCAUUCACCAAGACCAAGCAAGCUAUCGCCGCACUGAAGGCUCUCAAUGCUUACGAUGAUGUGAUCAAGGUCUCGAACUCGCGCAAGAUCCGUGCUGGUAUCGGUAAGCUGCGCAACCGUCGUCACACUCAACGUCGUGGUCCUCUUGUCAUCUACAAUCAGGACAAUGGCAUUGUUAAGGCUUUCCGUAACCUGCCAGGCGUUGAGAUUGCCAGCGUGCACAGCUUGAACCUUCUUCAACUCGCCCCUGGUGGCCACUUGGGUCGCUUUGUGAUUUGGACAGAGGACGCGUUCAAGCAGCUUGACAAGAUCUUUGGCACGUACGAAAGUGCUUCGGAAGUUAAGAAAGGCUUCCACCUCCCAAGUGCCAAGAUCACGAUGCCUGAUGUCACUCGUCUCAUCAACUCGGACGAAAUCCAAAGCGUCGUGCGUCCUGCUGGUCCAAAGCAGACGAAGCGUCCAUUCACGCAGAAGAAGAACCCAUUGCGCAACCGUGGUGUCUUGUUCCGUCUGAACCCUUACGCCCAGGCCUCGAUCCGCCGCAAGUUGCGUGAGCAGGCUCAGCGUCGCGCUGGUAAGCUGAAGAAGAACACGAAGACCCCUCGCACUGCUACCAGCGAGGCAUUCUUUGAGCAACUCUUUGCUCCGUAA